UGUCCUUCUUUCACACGAAUGCCUAUUUGCAUCAAAGGCCAGAAACAAAGGAAUCUCCUCAUGAGUUGAGACGAGAGACACCCCUGAAUAAUAACAAUGAGUUUUUUCGGAAAAUUUAAGAACAUACACAGUGGGCCUCCAGCUCCACCUAAAAGGAUAGAGAACAAUGCUGGGUUUGGUGGCUGGCCGGAAGAUGAGUUUGAUGCUGAUGAUGGAGACACAUACGAGGCACCCCCGUGUGAACGACCUGUCAUAAAGGUUCCCCCCAGACCAGUGGAGGAGAAUGUGUAUUUGGAGAGAACACCAGAGAGGCCCAAUCCUGGGCUUCCCAAAAGGCAGGCAGCUCCGCCCCCAAGGCCAGCCAAGAUGACGCCCAUUGGCAAAACACAGCAGCCUCACCUCCGCCCUGAAAACCCAGAGGGCUUUUACAUCGACCCCAACACCAAGAAACCUCCCGAGUUAGACAGGAGGGAGAAGCCAGCCAAGUGGUCUACUUCUAAGAAGACUGUCCCUCCUCCGUUGCGUCCUGCCCCUGCUCCCGCUCCGCCUCCUCCACCUGCAGAGGAAGAUGUCUACCUGGACCCAAAUGAAGGACAGGGAGACGGUGACGACCUGUAUCUCGAACCAACAGCAGCUUGCCCCCCUGUUCCUCGCAGCCCCAUGAGAAUACCCCUCCCUCCCAAGACAGCAGCGGUUCCUUUGCACUUGCCCAUAAAACCGCCAGUGCCCAGAGCCAAGUCGACUUCUGUAUUGAUCAGUCAGGCAACAACAGCUCUCAACCCUGACAUCAGGCGCUCCACAUUUCCUGGCAAGCUGCCCCCACCCACCCUGGGCAUCAAACCACCCCUCCCUUCUUCGCUAAAGGAACCCAAGCCCAGUCCUCCUCUCCCUCCAACUGUAGACAUUACUGCAGCAGUUUCUUCCUCUGGUGUGAAGACAGCCAUGAUGGCAGGAAAGGAGGACAGAGAGUGGUUUGCUGAGGACUGUGAUAGGAAGACUGCUGAGGACGUCUUAAUGCGGAUCAACAAGGAUGGGUCCUUCUUGAUCCGUCAUAGUUCGGCCCAGAAUGCCCGGCAGCCCUACACACUGGCUGUUCUGUACAAACAGAAGGUCUAUAACAUUCCCAUUCGCUUCCUGGAAGAGACGCGCAGCUAUGCCCUUGGAAAGGAGGGCAAGAAGAAUGAGGAGUUUUUCUGUAGUCUUCAGGAGAUCAUCUCUCAUCACAAGAAUAACCAGCUGCUGCUUAUUGAUAGCAAGAGUCAGGCCAAGCACACCACAUAUCUCACAUACCCAGCCCGUCCGUAGACAAUACAUAACCCAAAUCCCCUGCAUAAUGUCUCUCACCCAGCAUGACCUUAAACUACACUAACCAUAACUCAAAACACAAUGUAGCUCACCCAGCAUGAACAUAGACUUCACUAAUCAUAACUCCAAACACAAUGUAGCUCACCCAGCAUGAACAUAGACUUCACUAAUCAUAACUCCAAACACAAUGUAGCUCACCCAGCAUGAACAUAGACUUCACUAAUCAUAACUCCAAACACAAUGUAGCUCACCCAGCAUGAACAUAGACUUCACUAAUCAUAACUCCAAACACAAUGUAGCUCACCCAGCACGAACAUAGACUUCACUAAUCAUAACUCCAAACACAAUGUAUCUCACCCAGCAUGAACAUAGACUUCACUAAUCAUAACUCCAAACACAAUGUAGCUCACCCAGCAUGAACAUAGACUUCACUAAUCAUAACUCCAAACACAAUGUAGCUCACCCAGCAUGAACAUAGACUUCACUAAUCAUAACUCCAAACACAAUGUAGCUCACCCAGCAUGAACAUAGACUUCACUAAUCAUAACUCCAAACACAAUGUAGCUCACCCAGCGUGACCAUAACCUACACUAACCAUAACACAAAAUGCACUUUAGCUCACCCAGCAUGAACAUAGACUUCACUAACCAUUUACCCAACACAAUAUAUCUCACCCAGCAUGACUAUAAACUACCCUACCCACACCCACACCCACAUAAUGUAUUUCACAUGUACCAGCCAUCCAUAAACUUAAUAAAAGACCCCAUUUGCAGUUGCAACCAUAAGUAAGUAUCUCCACUACUGUUUUUGGAAAAAGCAAGCAGAUUGUACCAGAGAAAUAUAACCACUCAUUUAAAGAGAGCUGAACCAGAAUAUGGGCAGACAGAAGAUAAAUAUGAUUAAUUCUUGUUAGGAUGUCCAGGACGGUCGUACUCAAAUUCCUCUUAGUUUUUUUUUUUAGAGCAGUUACUGUUACUACUGCUAUAUCCUUCUUAAAAAGGUCUAAAUAAUAAUGUAUAUCGUUUUUGACCACAUGUGCAUUUUUCUAAAUCCACCUUAGCUUAUCCAUUAAAACCAGUCAUUACUGCCACACAGAUGUUGGUUGAUCCAGCAGCAGUAAAGUGUUCGAGAGAUCAGUGGUUAGAUUUUAUGUAGACCUUUCAUUGACAACCUACGAUGUGUAACAGCAUUGAUGUAGAUAGUUGCUCUGCAAAACUCCAUAUUUUGGUGGCAAUGUUUGCAACGCUGUCUCAUGCUGUCUGGGAGUUUGAACUGACCGGUCAUGGGCAUCAAAAUGGACUGACCAUUCAUGAUACACAAAAUGUCAGGUUUUCCCCCCAUAUUUUGAGGUUAUACAGUGACCACUAUCCGGUUGUUUAAAAGACAUAACAUUAAAAAGAGCUCAGGUUUGGUUCCGUUGGGUACAACAGAAUUGAACUGUGUUAUAUUAUUCAAGAGUCAAUACAGUAGGUACAAGUCUCAGUAAAGUGGAAAAUUGGUCCAAGGGUGUUGGUUUCUUGUCUGGGGAAGGGACUUCCCGCCUUGAUGUAUUUUUUUUUUUAUAGGGGUAGUGUUAUGCUUUAGAUGGGGGUGGAACAGACCUCAUUGCUGUGGUUCAUUAAUACAUAAUAUUUGAAACUAAAAAGAGUCAAACAGUAUAUGGUGUCACUUCAAUAACUAAAAAUAUUACAACCAACCCAUUCUUUUUGUAAUGAAAAUUACUAAGGAUGUAGCUUUCAUAUUACACUAUAUUGCCUAAUGUUUGUACUUUGUGUAUUUUAACAUUAACAAUGCUGUAAUAACAUAUGUAUUACCUUAUUUGUAGAAAAGUGAUUAAUUCACUAAGGCUUGCAUCUAGUCUGAAAUGUAUAUUUGAAAAUGUAAUCUUACUCUCUUAUUUACUAUUGUUUUAGUGAGUGAUGGUGGACUUUUUUUAUCUACAUGUGUUGAUAGGCUAGAAAGGGUAUCAAGG